CUCAAACAAACACUCUUUUCGGCCAUCUUGAACUUCCGGCAAAAUGCUGUCUUUUUUAGUCCGUCAUUCUUUAAUACAGGACGUUUCUGCUACUGCAGACAAUAAAAUAUUAAAAUUUGGGAUAUUUAACCAAAUAAAAUGAGUUUAGCCAACGCCAGACCUUUGGUCUCCGUCUUUACGGACAAAAAUGAACAAAUCAAGGAGAAGAACAUCUGCCUCCCAUUUGUAUUCAAGGCACCAAUUCGCCCUGAUGUUGUCAAUGAGGUUCACCAAUUGAUGCGCCGCAACAAGCGUCAAGCUUAUGCUGUCAGCGAACUUGCAGGUCACCAAACCUCUGCUGAAUCCUGGGGUACUGGUCGUGCUGUUGCCCGUAUUCCUCGUGUCCGUGGUGGUGGUACUCAUCGCUCCGGUCAGGGUGCUUUCGGUAACAUGUGUCGUGGUGGUCGUAUGUUUGCCCCAACCAAGACUUUCCGCAGGUGGCACCGCAAGAUCAAUGUGAACCAACGUCGCUACGCCGUUGUUUCAGCUAUUGCCGCCUCUGGCGUACCAGCUUUGGUUCAGUCCAAGGGACACAUCAUCGAUGGAGUCUCUGAGUUCCCAUUGGUUGUUUCCGAUGAGGUCCAAAAGUUGCAGAAGACCAAACAAGCUGUUGUCUUCUUGAGACGUAUGAAGAUCUGGGCUGACAUCCAAAAGGUGUACAAAUCCCAGCGCUUCCGUGCUGGACGUGGUACCAUGCGUGACCGUCGUCGCAUUGCCCGCCGUGGACCUUUGGUCGUCUACUCCAAGGAUGAAGGUCUCCGUAAGGCUUUCCGUAACAUCCCCGGUAUUGAAACCAUGAACGUUGACAAGAUGAACCUCUUGAAGUUGGCCCCUGGUGGUCAUGUUGGUCGCUUCGUCAUCUGGACCGAGUCUGCAUUCCAACGCCUCAACGAAUUGUUCGGCACAUGGAAGACUCCAUCCACCCUCAAGAAGGGAUACAAUCUACCCCAACCUAAGAUGGCCAACACCGAUUUGGCUCGUCUGUUGAAGUCAGAAGAGAUCAGGAAGGUGUUGCGCGAUCCCAAGAAGAGGGUAUUCCGUCGCGUGCGUCGUCUGAAUCCACUGAGCAACACCCGCCAGUUGAUCAAGUUGAACCCAUACGCUGAGGUUCUUAAGCGUCGUGCUCUCUUGGCCGCCGAAAAGAGGAAGAUCAACCGAGUGUUGUUGAACGCCAAGAAAAACAACAUUGUAUUGCCCAAACACCACUUCGCUAACGUCGCCGUUAAAGCCGAGGCUAACCGCUCAAAGAUGUUGUCCAAGGCCUUAGCCGAAAGGAAAAAGAAGUUGGCUGCCAAGAAGAAGGCCGCUCCCGCUCCCAAGAAGUAAACAUCUACUUCGUUACUGAAUUUUUAUAAUAUAAACAAAAAUUAUGGAUAAUUCAUAAUAUAAAAUUUAAAAAUAUA